UGGUUACUUCGUGCAACAGGUGCGUUCUUCAUUCGACGNCUGUCUGGUUUUGGAUGGUUACUUCGUGCAACAGGUGCGUUCUUCAUUCGACGGCGAGUCGGCGAUUCGAAUGCAGCAGGAUGUGAUCAAUUGUACCGUUCUGUUCUGAAUUCAUACAUGACUGAAAUAUUGCGACAAGGAAUGCCAAUUGAAUUCUUCCUUGAAGGCACAAGAAGUCGAUUUGGGAAGACGUUACUUCCGAAAAAUGGUUUAAUAUCAAAUAUUGUUAAUGCAGUUCAAGAUGGUACUAUACGAGAUGUUUGGUUGGUGCCCGUAUCAUUCACAUACGAUGAAACCACUGAGGGGAUCUUCUUCAAUGAGCUGAUGGGAAUGCGGAAAGAACGUGAAAGUGUUUGGCGUGUCUUCAAAGGCAUUCUACAAAGUUUGGGAUCAGGUCGUUGUGGUGCAGUUCGGAUCAGUUUUGGUGCACCGGUUUUGUUGAGCGAUUACUUGGGGGCACUCAAGGAGAAAGUGCCACUUCUGCAAGAGCAGUCUUCUUUUAAACAUGAACUUCGAACCUAUUCCUACCGAGAAUUGCUUCCUUGGAAACACUCGAUCGGUUCUGCACCCAAUUCUACACUGAUCAGAUNUUGA